AUGACCCAGGCUCUCGCGCACGUCAGAGCCCAUCACGCCGCCUGCACCCGGUCCACCACCACCGUCGCUCGUGCUCAGCCGCACCCCGCACGAGGAUCCCCCACCCUCUGCGCCUCACACACUCCUCGUCUCGAGUCGAGCGCCGCCCCAAACCCCCAACCAAACCCUCGGCGCCGUGCCGUCCGCGGCCAGGCCAUGGAUCUCCGCCGGCCGCCGCGCUCCUCGUCGGGCGGCGUGGAGCCCAAGAUCCGCCAGGUCGGCUUCUUCACCCCGGAGGCCUCCGCGCCGUCCGAGCCCCUGCCCCCCGCCGCCGCCGCGGUCCCGGCGCCAACGGCGCAGCAGAGGCCCGCCGCGGGGUCGCCGCCGGCGGCCGACGACCUCUCCACGGGCCGCCUCUCCCCCGUCAUGAUCCCUCCCCCGCGCCACGCCGACCACCUCGCCCCGGGCCCACCCUCCCCCGCGGCGGCCGACGUCGUCCUCGCCACUUCCGCGCCCGUGCGUUCGUCUCCGCGCCUCGACGUCGCGUCCGAGAUCGGCGACGACGACUCCUGGUCACGCGCGCCUUCUGCUGUGGAGCUAGAAGAAAACAAGCAUGGUUUGGCUGAAGUACGGAAUGAGGGUGCUCCAGCAUCUAUUCCACAAAAGCAGAAAACCUCGAAGGCAGAGAGACGUGCAAUUCAGGAGGCUCAACGUGCUGCUAAAGCUGCAGCGAAGGAGGCAGAUAAAUCAGGAAAAUCUGCUGGUGCUGCGAUGUCCAAGCAAGCCAAGCCAGCAAAAACUGCUCAGAAGAAAGAUGUGCCACAAGCUGCAAGUACAGUUGCUUCUGAGAAGAAGGCUACUGAGCGUCCUCCAGAAAGAGAAAGAAAGUUAGAUGCUCCUCAUCCCCGCAUGCAGUUUGAUGAUGUGCAUAAGGUGGAGAAAGCAAAAAAACGUGCAGUAGUCAACCAAUCGGAAGCUCGAAACAGAGUUGAACUGUUCAGGCAUCUUCCUCAGUACGUGCAUGGCACUCAGCUUCCUGACCUCGAGUCAAAAUUCUUUCAACUAGAACCAAUGCAUCCUUCUGUAUACAAGGUUGGGCUCCAAUAUUUAUCUGGUGAAGUAUCUGGUGGUAAUGGUCGUUGCAUAGCAAUGCUUCUUGCAUUCAGAGAGGCAAUAAAAGAUUACACUACACCUCCAAACAAAACUCUCAGCAGAGAUCUGACUGCAAAAAUCAGCAGUUAUGUGUCAUUUCUUAUUGAGUGUAGGCCUCUUUCAAUCAGCAUGGGCAAUGCUAUUAGGUUUCUGAAGAGCAGGAUUGCAAAGCUACCACAUGCAUUGUCAGAGUCUGAAGCCAAAACUAGUCUUCAGUCUGAUAUUGAUCGUUUUAUAAAUGAGAAGAUAGUUCUUGCAGAUAAAGCUAUUGUCAGCCAUGCCAUCACAAAGGUCAGAGACAAUGAUGUCUUACUGACAUACGGAUCAUCAUCAGUUGUUGAAAUGAUUUUGGACUAUGCUCAUGAACUUGGGAGGAACUUUCGAGUUGUAGUGGUAGAUUCUCGCCCAAAGCUUGAGGGACAGGCAUUGCUGCGGAGAUUAGUGGCAAAGGGCAUCACCUGCACAUAUAUACACAUAUAUGCCAUCUCAUACAUCAUGCAUGAAGUCACUCGAGUCUUGUUGGGUGCCUCAUCAAUAUUAUCAAAUGGGACAGUUUAUUCUCGAGUUGGGACGGCAUCAGUGGCUAUGGUUGCACAUGCAUUUGGAGUUCCAGUUCUGGUUUGUUGUGAGGCAUACAAGUUUCAUGAGAGAGUGCAACUUGAUUCUAUAUGUGCUAAUGAGCUUGGCGAUCCAGAUGUCAUUUUGAAAAUUCCUGGGAAGGCAGAGGACCAUCUUAAGAACUGGGCAGAUAAUGCAAAUCUCCAAUUGCUAAAUUUAACGUAUGAUGCCACCCCGCCUGACUAUGUGUCGAUGAUCAUAACAGACUAUGGAAUGCUUCCGCCCACUAGUGUACCGGUCAUUGUGAGAGAGUACCGCAAGGAGCAACUGUGGAUAUGA